AUGUGCCACCAAAAGCCAUUGGACCCUGCUUUGGGCAACCUUGGCGUAUUCCCACCAGAGAUUAUCCUCAAUAUCCUAGACGAGUUCUUGGGAAGCUCUCCCAGAUUAACACACGAGAACUUUCAUUCCAUUAACCAGCUAAUGAAAACUAACAAAACACUAGCAGAAUACAUCAAACUCCAUUGGAUGGAUAGCAAUGCAUCGAACAGUUUCAAACAGCGCGUGAAUGCCGUCCAGUGGUACCCAAACAUCGAUGCUGCGAAUGCAGCUCUGACCCUACAGGGCGUAGACCCCGACUACGUCAUGCCCAUUGAAGGUCCCCCUGGCCUAGGCCCCGAUCUCAUCACCGGUAUCAUUCUCAACGACUGCACUGAUUGCUUUGAGUGGUUCAACAAGAUGCUACCUGCUACUCAUAUGAGAUGUUGCAACGAGGGCGGUUGGUCGUUCCGUUCUCUGGCACUGUACGCUAACGCCGGUAAAGUACUUGAUCGUUACUCGGACCUCCCUCACAAAUCGAGCGAUUUUAUCGCUGGGAGUGCUAAUGCCACGGGGGCAGGACCGUCAGUCCUUGGAGUUUCUGCCUCAUCCAGGAAUCCUAGCUCUUUCGCCAAGGUCUUAAAACAAAUGCAGAUGGUCUUGAGUGGGCCGGGCUUCCAGAAGAGUCAUAGAGAUAGCCUCGUGCGUAAUGAUUGA